AUGGUCAACGGCGAACAUGGAAAAGAGAUAGAGGGUGCCCAGGGCGUUAGCCCACUCUCCGCAUGGUACAGUACUCUUCAACCCGUGACGUGUGACAUCGUUGGCGAAGUGGCCGGGCAUGGGCUCUUGGCCAUACAUGGCGAGUCCCUACUGGCCCACUGUCUCAAGGAAGCCAGAGUCGAUUUUACCUCCGGAUUCCAGUUGCUGCAUGCCGUCCACGCUGUGGAGAACUUUCUUCAGAGCCUGAAGGACCGAGGUUGCCACUUCCAUGUUCUAUGGUUUGACGAAGACAAGCACCUGUGCAUCCCUGAUCAUGGGGUGGCGGAUCUGCGUGCCCAUGGAUAUCUCCUCGCCCGGUCCGUUGUGAUCCAGCACUUGCACCGCUACGCCAAGGCCACGGCGUCCAAGUUCAACUUCCGGUUCCCCUCGAUAGAGAGCAACGCAUUCGAGAACUAUGUGAGCGGGAAUGCCGUUCGCCUUUUUCUCUGCCAGGGUGCGAGGGAGGUGGCCAAUGCCACCAGCUACCAGCUUCUUGUCUACCGGUUUUGCAAACGCGGCUACAGUACUGGAUACAUCGAUGACCUGGAGUUUGUCAGCUCCAAAGUCAAUGCCCCGAUUAUUUUCCCUUUGGGCAACCAGGUAGAAAUUCCUCUCUCUGGGACAAAGCCACCGUCUCAGCCGGAAUCAGAACCAAUGUCCAAGACUAUGGGAGAGUUUUCCAAACAAUGGGAUAUGCUUACACGGCGGGACAAUGGAGAAGAAUUGUCAGCAAGGGAGGUUGUCUCAUUGGUCGCUUUAGGAGAUCUCCUGCUCGACAAUGAUGAUGUCUCGGCGAAGGACAACGCGGCUGCCUUCUUGGUACACCUCGCCCUUCUGGAAGGGUUGAGUCUCUCGGACCGAGCGUUCAAACCACACCAGAACCCUUCGAACCAGACGAUAGCUUUCAUGACACAAUUCGCAGAGACAGCCUUGAGUGUCAUCGACAAGUGGUUCGAGGACGAGUUGACAGCCAAACUGAGUUGGGAUAUUCACGACCUUGUUGACGGUCGGUUGUACUUCCAAGUCGUUGCCAGGCGCGACUGUCUGCGGCUGAGUAAAAGGUCCGCCGAGGUCGCCCUCGAGUUAGCUGGGCGUCUUGGCCGUGUCACGAACAUUGACUUCACCACAUACGUUGGUCACUAUAUCGCAGGAAAGGAGGACCUCUCCGAUCUAUCGCAGUCGGUUGUCAACGGUCAACCGAGAGAUCUGGGUCGCCUUCUCCCGUUCAAUCACCCAGUCCUGGACCCAUACCUGGAGAGCGUCGAAGUAGAAACGAGCGAUGAGCCAAGACCAGAUGCCUCGAAAAUAUUCCAGGAACUGACCCAUUGGCACAAUGAAAAGAAACCCGUCGUCACCAAGCGAGUCAUCGAGAAGAAAGGUUUCCAUGCCUUGAGGAGGACUCAGAAGUUCAUGGCAGAUACCAUCGAGUACUCUGCCAGUCUGACGAAUGCUGCCGGAAAGCAGAUCGAUCCCGAAAUCAUCACCGUACACACAGGCAAGCCGGCAAGCAAGCAGGCAAGCAAGCCGGGCCGGGAGAAGGCCGAGAGCCAGCCUGACAAGAAGGAGGCCCCGGGGAAGAAGCAAGCUGGCACGGCCGCCAAGAAUAAGAAGGCAGCUCCGAAGAGUGGGCGGGAGAAGGCCCACGAAGCCGCUGCGGCCAGGCAGAACGAGAAAUUGCAAGGGAAAUCCGUCGCCGUGACCGCAUUCUGGGUGAAGCGGUGCCAAGAAUUCGAAGCCGAGAAGGACUUGGUGAGGCGAUAUCUGAAAGGUACCAGAUACCUGACGUCGCUGCCGAAUGAGGACGCGGCCGUCGUCGGUGCUGAAGCAACUCUCUACCUCUGCAACACCUUGGUCCUGUUGCUGAGCCGCUCACAGAGUGGAGCUCUCAGCGUUAGCAAUCUGGACAUUACUGCUCUACUUUGGGCCACGGUGUACGCAAUCCACGACCAGCCGCUUUCGAAGGAGCUCGCAAAGCAACUCGAGUCGUUCAGGCUUGCCUUCAAGCUCCCUGGUAAUGUCACGGUCAAUAAAUCCGAGGUCUCCCGGAAAUUGCCAUACCGAAGCGUGCUGGGAACUCCAGGUGUCCCCGUAUUUGCACCCGCCAACCCUGUCGACUUCCAGUUGGAACGGUGCGGCCCGUAUCUCGAACGAUCGUACGGCUCGGUUCCAGACGCACGUGUACCAUUUCAACCUGAUCACUGGCAGCGGAAGGUCCUCGAUGCCAUCGACGACAGCAAGAGUCUGUUGGUCGUGGCGCCAACCUCGGCAGGAAAGACGUUCAUUUCCUUCUAUGCCAUGAAAACCAUCCUCCGGGCCAACGACGACGACGUCCUGGUGUAUGUGGCUCCGACAAAGGCGCUUGUGAACCAAAUCGCCGCCGAGAUACAGGCCCGAUUCUCCAAGACCUACCAUCGGGACGGAAGGUCGGUGUGGGCGGUUCACACCGGGGACUACCGCGUCAACAAUCCGACCGGAUGCCAGAUCCUCGUCACGGUUCCGCAUGUCCUGCAGAUCAUGCUUCUCGCUCCGGCGAACGCGCAGAAGGCCAGCUCGUGGAGUCACAGGGUCAAACGGAUCAUCUUCGACGAGGUUCACUGCAUCGGACAGGCCGAGGACGGCAUCAUCUGGGAACAACUGCUGCUCCUUGCCCCGUGCCCAAUCAUUGCGCUCUCGGCGACCAUCGGGAACCCGUUGGAAUUCAAAUCUUGGUUGGAAGAAACUCAGCGAUCCAAGGGCUACGAGCUCGAGAUGAUCGUCCACUCGGCUCGUUACUCCGACCUGCGCAAGUUCUUCUACAAGCCGCAAGCACAAGUCACGCAGGGAUUCAAUGGUCUGGAUCCCGUGCAACGGCUACCGAUUCCCGGAUUGGAUCAAGACGAACAUGGGAGGUCCUGCUUCCAGGUGGUUCAUCCGAUUGGGGCCAUUAUGGAUCGUUCCCGGGGUACCCUCGAUGAUAUUCACAUGGAAGCUCGAGACUGCCUUACCCUGUGGCAGUGCAUGGCGAAGCACCAAACAGAAGACUUCCCCUUGGAUGCUUCGCUACAUCCGCGCAAGUUCCUUCCUGCAGUAAUCAAGAAGUCGGACCUCCUAGAAUGGGAGAAAGCCUUGAAGGCCGCUGUUCUCGAGUGGAUCAAGGCUCCGAAUUCGCCAUUCCCCUCGGUGCGUGCCGAGCUCGGGAAAGAAGUGCAAGCGCUCAACCUGGAGGAAUCCACCGAGUCGGAACUGGCGGCUUCGAGCCUCUCGUUAGUGACCGACCUCCGCAGAUGUGGCGCUCUGCCCGCGCUGCUGUUCAAUUACGACCGCCUGCAGUGUGAGAUUAUCGUCCGUGCCAUGCUCGGUCAGCUGGAGGCGGCGGAGGCGGAAUGGAAGCAAUCCAGCCCGGAAUGGAAGAAGACGACCAAGGGGUAUGAGGCGUGGCAGGAGCAGCAGGCGCGGGCUGCGGCCAAGGGUGUGAAGAAGCCUGCCAAGAGCUCCAAGCGAAGGGACGCGGACGAUGACGAGUCGUCGAAGCUCGACAUGGCCCGCGACGCGGCCAGCGGGGAGGGAAGCGUCUGGGACAGCUUCGAUCCUGAUGAGCCCGUCGAGCAGUUUAGCUUCGCCGACAAGAUGAAGGUGGCCAGGGCAAAGCUUGAAAGCAUGAUGGAUAAGCUGAAGUGGGCCGGCGUCCCGGAGGAUCUCGUGCGUGGGCUGAGGCGCGGUCUGGGUGUCCAUCACGCCGGAAUGAAUCGCAAGUAUCGUCAAGUGGUUGAGAUAUUGUUUCGCAGAGGCUUCUUGACAGUCGUGGUGGCUACAGGCACCCUCGCCCUUGGCAUCAACAUGCCCUGCAGGACAGUUGUCUUCACGGGGGAUUCGAUAUUCCUCAACGCGCUGAAUUACCGGCAGGCAUCUGGUCGGUCCGGUCGCCGAGGAUUUGACCUGCUCGGAAACGUGGUCUUCCACGGUUUGGACCCCCACCGAGGGUUCGAAGUCAUGUCAUCUACCCUUCCCGACUUGCGCGGCCACUUCCCCGUGUCCACUACACUAAUCCUCCGGCUCAUGUCCCUACUCAAUGGCACGAACAACUCGAAGUAUGCCGCCAGGGCCGUCGAGUCCCUCCUUUCGCAGACGCGGCUGUACUUGGGCGGACCUAGCAACGAGAUCGCGAUCAAGCACCAUGUGCGAUUCUCGAUCGAGUACCUGCGACGGCAGCGCCUCCUGUCGGACAAGGGAACCCCCCUGAACUUUGCCAGUCUCGUGGGGAACCUGUACUUCACCGAAAACGCUGUGUUCGCCUUCCACUCCCUGCUCAAAGAGGGAUACUUCCACAGCCUCUGCGCCGGAAUCGACCGUCGCCCCGAGGGGGUGCUGAAGGAGCUAAUGCUCGUGCUAUGCCAUCUGUUCAGCCGCAUCCCUUGCCAUCGCUACAAAGAUGAGGAGUGGCUUGACCGGGUGGUGAGCCGGUCCCCAUCCUUGGUGAUCCUGCCGCCGCUCCCGGAGACGGCACUGGGGAUCCUCGAGGCGCACAACCAGGAGGUGCUCGACAUCUUCAAGACCUACGUUUCCACCUACAUUCACCAGCACCUCUCGGAGGAGCCCGACCGCGAGCUCCCGCUUACCAAGCUCGAGGUGGGCGCCGAAGAGACGCCCGACGGGCUACCCCCGGCGCUCGGCACCCCACAGCCGACGACGAUACGGUCCCCCUUCGCGGCGCUGUCGGGCCACACGGACGCCUUCGGUUCUGUGCGGGAACUCUGCUCGACGACGCGCGCGGGCGUCUUCCUCGAGGAGUCGGCCGUGCCGCGCAUCCCCAUCUACCCGGCCGAGACGGGCGGGGUGCCCUGGAACGCGUACGCGUACGACUUCUUCCGGCACGGCGACGCGGGCUGCAUCGCGCGCGACAACGGCAUCGCCGCCGGGGACGUCUGGUUCAAGCUCAGGGACUUCUCGGUCGUGCUGGCGACGGCGGUCGCGAGCCUGGAGGGGCUCCUCGGGGACGGGAGCGGCGGCGGCGGCGGCGGCGGCGGUGGCGGCGGCGGUGGCGGCGGCGGAGGCGCGGACAUGGCCGACGUCGUGGGCGUUGCGGAGACGAUGGAGCUGGAGCGGUGGGACGACGAACCCGGCGAUAAGAUUGGCGCGGACGGGGACCGGGGCGAGAUGGAUUCCGACGACGAGGAGGGUACGCCGUCGCUUUCGGGCUGGGACGGUGACCGGGAGGCGAAUCUCGUCAAUGUGUGCAAGGCGUUCAAGAUGCUGCAGGAGGAGUUUGACGAGAAGUUCAGGAAGACAUGGUCAUAG